AACAAGUUGUUCGCAACAAAACUGAAAGACGUGAGGGGAGAGGACUAAAGUGAAGGAGCGGAGAAAGGAGAGGUAACCCAGCCGAGGCGACAUGUUUGGCAUGAUAAAGAAUUCUCUCUUCGGAAACACCGAGGAGACGGAGUAUAAACUGCUCAGCAGUGAGACUAAGGAUGGAGUUAGCUUUGAGGUGCGACGGUACGACGCUUCCAAAUUCGCUUCUGUCUCCUCUGAGGGACGAGCCUUUGACCAAGUGACGGGGGAGCUGGUGAGGAAGUUGCUUAUGUAUAUUGGCGGGAGCAACGAACAAGGUGAGGCGAUGGGCACGGCAGCUCCCAUCAUCAUCACCGUGUACCCUCGGAACGACGGCGUUCUGUCUCGCCGUCUGGUGGUCGGCAUCCGGAUUCCCAGCGUCUACCAGCAGAGUCCCCCCACUCCCACCGACAGUGCCAUCAAGAUCGAGGAGCGGCCCGGCAUGACAGUCUACGCGCUGCAGUUUGGAGGCUUUGCGGGGGAGAGCGAGUACCGAGCCGAGGCCUUGCGUUUGACCCGCACCCUGGGCGAGACGGCCCCCUUCCAGCGCAAGCAGUACUUCUGCUGCAGCUACGACCCACCGCUCAAGCCUUACGGACGCAGGAACGAAGUGUGGUUCCUCCAGGAUGAGCCGUAAUGGCCGCUCAGGAGGCCUGGAGACGAAUGACCGUAUCGCCACCAACAGUCCUGCAGCAGCAAAACCGGACAAUAUAGAGGUCGACAUGGGCGGAGUAGUGUUUUCUCAUUCUGUGAUCAAACUAU